CGCUCGCACGUGGUGGCGGGCGGAGAGCUGGCGUGUGAUGGGUUUCCGUGUCCUGCUGAACGUCGGCGGACACGGCAGGUUCGUACGCGGUCUGCGUUCGGCGCUGGGAAACGUCUCCGCGUCCAGCGCGUCCACCAGGCUCGGAUCAGGGCCCGCCACACGUCCCCAGCGGGGUUCUGGUGUUUUCCGGACCGAGCGUCGUCGCUUCGCUUUGCCGUAUCAACUCCGGAGACGCUCGACACUGAUGGAGGAAUCUGAACUGCCUCUCGUCCCAGCCCAAGCUGGGGAAAAGAGAGUCUGUUCAUUGGAGGAAGGGGAUGUACCCACCAAGAAACCCAGAAUUCAGGAUGACCAGGAGAACGGAGGUCGUUCCCAAGGGCCAGACCAAGAUGAGGAGGGAGAGCCGGAAGGAGAGGGAAGUGACAAGGAGGAUGGAGAGGACGACGGCGAGAGCUUUGCUGACAUGAUGAAGCAUGGGCUCACUGAGGUUGACGUGGGCAUUCUGAAGUUUGUCAGCGAUCACAAGGGCUUCUCCGGUAUACUGAAGGAGAGGUAUUCUGACUUUGUGGUGCACGAGAUCAACAAGCAAGGCAAGACUGUGCAGCUGGAUGACCUUUCCAUUCCUCCAGAGAUCGAGCCAGUCCCGGGGGCUCAGCAGCAGGCGGGGGAGGAGACGGAGGUGCUGACAGAGGAGCAGAAACGGCAGCUUGAAGAGCUGCAACUCUUCAAGAAUAAAGAAAGCAAUGUUGACAUAGAGGUGGUGGAUGAUACGAAAGAAAAGCGGACGCUGAUCCACAAAGCUAUCAAGACCCAGUUUCCUGGUCUGGAAACCAAGACGGAGGAGCGGGAAGGUCGCAAAUUCAUUGUGGCUUACCACAACGCUGGGAAGAAAGCCCUCGCAGCUCCCAGGAAACACUCGUGGCCCAAAGGCCGUAGCAGUUACUGUCACUUCGUCAUGUACAAGGAAAACAAGGACACCAUGGAGGCCAUCAACUUGCUGUCCAAGUUCCUCAAGCUGAGGCCCAAUGUGUUCUCCUACAUGGGGACAAAGGAUAAGCGAGCCAUCACCAUACAGGAAGUAGCGGUUCUCAAGAUCACUGCCGAGAGGCUGGCUCACCUCAACAAGUGCCUCAUAAAUUUCAAACUGGGGAACUUCUGCUACAAAAACCACCCGCUGAAGCUGGGUGAGCUGCAGGGAAACCGCUUCACUGUGGUCCUCAGGAACAUCUCAGGAACAACAGAGCAGGUCCAGCAUGCCAUGACGUCCCUCAAGGAGACGGGCUUCAUUAACUACUACGGCAUGCAGCGGUUCGGCACCACGGCUGUGCCCACAUACCAGGUCGGAAGGGCUAUCCUGAAGAACAACUGGAACGAGGUGGUGGACUUGAUUCUGAAACCGCGCCCUGGAGCGGAGAAAGGCUACCUGGUGCGCUGCAGGGAGGAGUGGGCCAAGACUCAGGACCCGGUGGCGGCCCUCAAAAAGCUGCCCGUCAAACGCUGCGUGGAGGGGCAGCUGCUGCACGGCCUGUCCAUGUAUGGCAAGAAGAACAUCGUCUCCGCCUUUGGACUGAUCCCUCGCAACAACCGCCUGAUGUACAUCCACAGCUACCAGAGCGUGGUGUGGAACACCAUGGUGAGCCGCAGAAUAGAGGCGUUUGGGCUGAAGGCUGUGGAGGGGGACCUGGUGCUCAGAGGAGCCACAGCACACGUUCUGUCUGCAGAGGAGGCUGAGCGUCACUCCAUCCACGACAUCGUGAUGCCUCUUCCGGGGUUUGACGUCAUCUACCCCUCUCACCACGUGGGUAAGGGCUACAGGGAGAUGCUGUCUGUGGACGGGCUGGACAUCGACAACAUGUGGCACAAAGUGAAGGACUACUCUCUGGCUGGAGCCUACAGACGCGUCCUCGUCAGACCCAGCGAUGUCAGCUGGGAGGUGAUUCAGUACGACGACCCCAGGAUCCCCCUGAUCCACACUGACGUGGAGAAACUGGAGGACAAACCCGGCCCCGUCUUCAACAAAGAGGGAAAGUACCAGGCUCUGCGAAUGGAAUUCUCCCUGCCGCCCUCCUGUUACGCCACCAUGGCGAUCCGCGAGGUGCUCAAGAUGGACACCAGCAUCAAAAACCAGACGCAGCUCAACACCACGUGGUUCAACUGACACUAGCAAAGAGUUUGGCGACGUAAAUAGGCUUAUGAGCUGCAAAGCAGCAGUGUACCGCGGCUACUCGCUAAUGUGAGUGAAGUGUGUGUAUGGCGGGGGGGGAGUCGGUUCUGUUGGAACCCAGUGGGGGGGGGAGGUCGGUUCUGUUUGAACCUAGCGGUCCUCCCUUUUAAAGAUGUCAGGCUGAUGUUAACACUACGACUUCCACCUUCACAGAGAGCAAUUUUAUCGUUCACAACGCUUUUAUUUUGGUAAGCAGUUUUACCCUGCAUCGGAGGGUGAACGUAUUGUUUUGUUAGGUGCACUUGUAUGCGGCUGCUCAUCUUUUAAUCCACUACUUUGUACAUGUUAAAAUUCAAUCUGAAUGUGUCAAAAUUACAUUUUUACCUGUAAACAUUCAAUUAUUAAUUAAUUCGUGGCUUUCUCCCCGUUCAUUUCAGUGGGAGGAAUCGUUUUUACUACUAUAAUCAAAUUUGAAUAUGCAUUGCUACAAUUCCUCCAUGUACAAUUUCAUUUAUUAUCAGUUUACAUGUUUAAACGGAAUCCUUACAAGUGAAAAUGUAAGUUUUACAUGUAGAAAUUGUGUUCUUAAAUGUAGAAAUAAGUUUUCCUUCAUUUUUUGAUUUAAUAAUUAAUUUUUAAUUGUAAUAAUUGAUAAUAAUUUUCACAUGUAAUAAUUCUUCACCGCUAAAAAUUCGAUUCCAACGUGAAACAGAAAUUUUAAAUGCAAGAAUUGAAGCAAUAAAUGUUCAGAUUUGAUUUACGCUGCUAAAAAUGAUUGCUCCAUUGGAAUAAUGCGGGGAAAGCCAUGGCUUGUAGUUCUUGAAUUUUUCACAUGUGAAAAUAUAACUCUUGAAGGUAAAAAUUAAAUUUUGACACGUAAAAAUAUUGUUUUUGCAUUUGAAAUUUCAAUUUUUUACUACUAUUUAAUUUUUUUACACAUGCUGAUUAUGUUUUAACAUGUACAAAAUAGUGCAUUAAAAUGUAAAAUGAAAGUUUGGGGUUGAAGCAUGCGGGGCUUUUACGAGUCCUUAAAGCCCCGCCACCCAGAGCCUAAGUUUGCCCCCGGCUGUACAAAAGAUUUUUUUUUUUUAUUGUCAGUCGAUUGUUGGUUGUAAACAGUCAUGAAGAGAAUUAAAGGAACGUUGCUGAAGGAAAGAUAAACUCCACACUGUGAAACCGUCGUUCUUCAUGACUUUACUGAAAUACAGAGUGUUGUAAAAUGUGUUGCUGUGGUUUGAUUUGGCCUUUCUGCCUCACGGAUCCGGUCCCGUAGGAGAGGUUCUUGUCAUUCAUGC